AUGGACACACUCUCUAUCCUCUCACCCUCUCCCACCUUCUUCUUCACGCGCCUCCUCUCUCUCAAACCCUCACCUCCUCCCUUUCUUCACCACCUCACCCAAACCCUAGCCUUCUCCUCCCCCAAGCCACCACCGCCACCUCUUCCCCCUAAUCUACUCCGAUUCCGAGUCACUUUCCAGUCCCCUAGCUCCGCCUUCGCCGCGAAAUCUCAGCUCUCCGACGCCGACGACGAUGAGGAGGAAGACGAGUUCGAGGAGGAGGACGACGACGAAGAAGACGUCGCGGCCGACGAGUACGACGACAUUUCCGGCGAAAUCUCCGACGACGGCCUCGAACAAAGCGACGAUGAAAUUGACAUGGAGUCGUCUCCGGCGAUUCGAAGCGAGGAAUUCAGGUGGCAGAGAGUGGAGAAGCUCUGCGAGGACGUCAAGCAGUUCGGCGAGGAAAUGAUCGACGACGGCGCGCUUGCUUCUAUCUACGAUUUCCGAAUCGAUAAGUUUCAGAGAUUAGCUAUACAAGCAUUCUUGAGAGGCUCAUCAGUAGUUGUGUCAGCGCCGACGAGUAGCGGAAAGACUUUGAUAGCGGAAGCUGCUGCUGUAGCUACUGUAGCUAAAGGAAGGAGAUUGUUCUACACAACUCCGCUUAAGGCCUUGUCGAAUCAGAAGUUUCGCGAAUUUCGUGAAACUUUUGGUGAGGACAAUGUUGGCCUUCUCACGGGGGAUUCGGCAAUAAACAAAGAGGCUCAGGUUCUGAUCAUGACCACAGAGAUUUUGCGCAACAUGUUGUAUCAGAGUGUUGGAAUGGCUUCUGCGCGGGACUCACUAUUUCACGUGGAUGUAAUAGUCUUGGAUGAAGUUCAUUAUCUAAGUGACAUAUCUCGCGGUACAGUGUGGGAAGAAAUUGUUAUUUAUUCCCCAAAAGAGGUUCAACUCAUAUGUUUGUCCGCAACAGUUGCUAAUCCAGAUGAAUUGGCUGGUUGGAUUGGUCAGAUUCAUGGUAAAACUGAAUUGGUAACUUCAACAAAGCGUCCAGUACCACUGACUUGGCAUUUCUCGAUGAAGACUUCUUUAUUACCACUUCUUGAUAAAUCUGGAAAACACAUGAAUAGGAGGUUGUCAGUCAAUUAUCUGCAACUCAGUGCUCCUGCACCAAAAUCUAAUAAAGAUGAUGGAUCGAGAAGGAGGAAUUCAAGAAGACGGACUAGUGAGACUAGCUAUGAUGACAGUACUGGUAACAUGUCUAGACGACCACUUUCAAAGAAUGACAUCAACUUAAUAUACCGUUCACAAGUGCCUCAAGUUACUGAUACAUUAUGGCACCUUAAGGCUAGGGAUAUGCUACCAGCAGUAUGGUUUAUUUUUAGCAGGAAAGGUUGUGAUGCCGCCGUUCAGUAUGUUCAAGAUUGCAACCUUUUGGAUGACUGUGAAGCAAGUGAGGUUGAAUUAGCGUUGAAGAGGUUCCGCCUAAAGUAUCCGGAUGCUAUCAGGGAGAGUUCAGUAAAGGGGUUACUGCGAGGGGUUGCUGCCCAUCAUGCGGGCUGUCUACCUUUAUGGAAAUCAUUCAUAGAAGAGCUGUUUCAGCGUGGUCUUGUUAAGGUUGUAUUUGCUACAGAAACACUUGCUGCGGGAAUCAAUAUGCCUGCUAGAACAGCCAUUAUUGCAUCCCUCAGCAAAAGGAGUGACAGUGGACGUACCCUAUUGAGCUCAAAUGAACUACUUCAAAUGGCUGGGCGUGCUGGACGUAGAGGCACGGAUGACAGGGGUCAUGUAGUGCUUAUUCAAAAUCCUUACGAGGGUGCUGAAGCUGGUUGCAAGAUUCUUUUUGCCGGACUUGAACCUUUGGUAUCACAGUUUACUGCUUCAUAUGGAAUGGUGCUAAAUCUUCUUGCCGGUUCAAAAGUUACUCGUAGGUCAAAUGAAUCAGAUGAAACAAAAGCCUCCCAAUCUGGGCGAACUUUGGACGAAGCUAGAAAGCUAGUUGAACAAAGUUUUGGAAACUAUGUUGGGAGCAAUGUUAUGCUUGCUGCAAAAGAGGAGAUUGCUAGAAUCGAGAAAGAAAUAGAGAUGCUGACUUUGGAAAUUAGUGAUGAUGCCAUUGACAGAAAAAGCAGGAAGCUCUUGUCUGGACCAGCAUACAAGGAGAUUGCGAAUCUACAGGAAGAAUUAAGGGCAGAGAAACGCCUAAGGACUGAACUUCGAAAAAGAAUGGAAUCUCAGAAGCUUUCUUCACUACGGCCCUUAUUAGAGGAAUGCGAAAAUGGGCAGUUACCCUUUUUGUGCUUGCAGUAUAAAGAUUCAGAAGGAGUUCAACACUCUAUCCCAGCUGUUUAUUUGGGGAAGGUUGAGUCACUAAGUGGCUCAAAACUUAAGAACAUGGUUUCUGUGGAUGACUCUUUUGCACUAACCCCAGUAGCAGUAGAGUCUGAACCAACUUCAGUUUUUGAACCAUCGUAUUAUGCCGCUCUUGGCUCAGAUAACUCUUGGUACCUAUUUACAGAAAAGUGGAUCAAAACAAUUUAUAAGACAGGCUUUCCAAAUGUUGCCUUAGCUCUAGGAGAUGCUUUGCCUCGGGAAAUAAUGAGCAUGCUUCUUGAUAGAACCGAAAUGAAGUGGGAGAAGCUUGCCGAGUCUGAUCUUGGUGGUUUUUGGGGCAUGGAAGGAUCUCUUGAGACGUGGUCUUGGAGUUUGAAUGUACCUGUCUUGAAUAGUCUUUCUGAACAUGAUGAGCUUUUACACAAGUCACAAGCAUAUAAUCAUGCUGUAGAGCGUUACAAAGAACAAAGAAGUAAAGUUUCACGUCUGAAGAAAAAGAUAUCACGCACACAAGGCUUCAGAGAAUACAAGAAGAUCGUAGACAUGGCCAGCUUUACUGAGGAGAAGAUUAAGCGCUUGAAGGGUAGAGCAAGACGUCUGACUAAUCGAAUAGAGCAGAUUGAACCAUCUGGCUGGAAAGAGUUCUUGCAGAUCAGCAAUGUCAUACACGAAACUCGGGCAUUAGAUAUUAACACUCAUACCAUAUUUCCACUUGGUGAAACUGCAGCUGCCAUCCGAGGAGAGAAUGAACUGUGGCUUGCCAUGGUUCUUCGAAAUAAGAUCUUAUUAAGUUUAAAGCCUACAGAACUUGCUGCCGUGUGCGCAAGUUUAGUAUCUGAAGGGAUCAAAAUUCGACCUUGGAAAAAUAACAGCUACAUAUAUGAACCUUCAAGCACAGUAGUCGACGUGGUGAGCUUCUUGGACGAGCAAAGAAGCAGUUUCUUACAGCUCCAAGAAAAGCAUGGGGUAAAUAUACCAUGCUAUUUGGAUACCCAGUUUGCAGGCAUGGUUGAAGCCUGGGUUUCUGGGUUGACAUGGAGGGAGAUCAUGAUGGAUUGUGCAAUGGACGAGGGCGAUUUAGCCCGCCUUCUGCGGCGAACUAUUGAUCUGCUUGUGCAAAUUCCCAAGUUGCCUGAUAUAGACCCCGUCUUGCAGAGCAAUGCAAAGACGGCGUCGAAUAUCAUGGACCGCCCUCCGAUUAGUGAGUUGGCUGGUUGA